GCCUCAGGCAUUAAAUUUAAUUUUCACAAAUCAAACAAACAAAAAUUAUGAAUAAUAAUAAUAUGAACCCAUCUCUCUUCCAAAAUUACACUUGGAACAACAUCAUCAACAGCAGCAACAACAACAAGAAUGAUGAUCAUCAUCAACAUAAUAAUGAUCCAAUCGGUAUGGCCAUGGACCAUUACACAAACCUCCAUAUCUUCAAUCCUUUCUCUUCUUCUCAUUUCCCUCCUCUCUCUUCUUCCCUCACAACCACCACUCUUUUCUCCGGAGAUCAAGAAGACGACGAAGACGAAGAAGAGCCUCUAGAGGAACUCGGUGCUAUGAAGGAAAUGAUGUACAAGAUCGCAGCCAUGCAGUCGGUUGACAUCGAUCCAGCAACCGUCAAAAAACCUAAACGCCGUAACGUCAGGAUCUCCGACGACCCUCAGAGCGUGGCGGCUAGACACCGCCGUGAGAGAAUCAGUGAGAGGAUCAGAAUCCUCCAGAGACUCGUGCCAGGUGGCACUAAAAUGGAUACAGCUUCAAUGCUCGAUGAAGCUAUACGCUAUGUCAAGUUCUUGAAACGGCAGAUCCGCCUACUCAAUAAUAAUCAGGGAAAUCCUUCUCCUCCGCCGCAAGAUCAAGCUUCUCAGGCGUUAACGACGUCAUGGAUUUCGCCACCACCACCACCACCAAAUUUCGGCGGUGGGGGAGGAAGAGGAGUAGGAGGAUUAGUCUAAACAAGGUGACAUUUCCAUUAAUAGUAACUAAAUUAUUAUGCUAUAAAGUGUGAGUAAUGGU